CCCCUCGUCUGGUCUGCAGUCAUGGCCACCUCGGCGAGCUCCCACCUGAGCAAAGCCAUCAAGCACAUGUACAUGAAACUGCCACAGGGGGAGAAGGUCCAAGCCAUGUACAUCUGGAUCGAUGGGACCGGGGAGCACCUCCGCUGCAAAACCCGCACGCUGGACCACGAGCCCAAGAGCCUUGAAGAUCUCCCCGAGUGGAAUUUCGAUGGCUCCAGCACCUUCCAGUCUGAAGGCUCCAACAGUGACAUGUACCUGCGACCUGCUGCCAUGUUUCGGGACCCUUUUCGCAAGGAUCCAAAUAAACUAGUUCUCUGUGAGGUCUUCAAAUACAACCGCCAGUCUGCAGAGUCAAAUCUCCGACACACCUGCAGGCGAAUUAUGGAUAUGGUGUCCAACCAACACCCCUGGUUUGGGAUGGAGCAAGAGUACACUCUUCUGGGGACAGAUGGACAUCCCUUUGGCUGGCCUUCCAACGGCUUCCCUGGACCGCAAGGUCCAUACUACUGCGGGGUAGGAGCAGACAAAGCCUAUGGCAGAGACAUUGUGGAGGCUCACUACCGAGCGUGCCUUUAUGCUGGCGUGAAAAUUGGAGGAACCAAUGCAGAAGUGAUGCCAGCCCAGUGGGAGUUCCAGGUGGGACCAUGCGAAGGGAUUGAGAUGGGAGAUCACCUCUGGAUCGCACGCUUCAUCCUCCAUCGGGUGUGCGAAGACUUUGGUGUCAUCGUGUCCUUCGAUCCCAAACCCAUCCCUGGGAACUGGAACGGUGCCGGCUGUCACACCAACUUCAGCACCAAGAACAUGAGGGAAGACGGAGGUCUCAAGCACAUUGAAGAGGCCAUCGAGAAGCUGAGCAAGCGUCACCAGUACCACAUCCGUGCCUACGACCCCAAAGGGGGGCUGGACAAUGCCAGGCGCCUGACGGGUUUCCACGAGACAUCCAACAUCCACGAGUUCUCUGCUGGUGUGGCCAACCGUGGUGCCAGCAUCCGCAUCCCCAGGAAUGUGGGCCAUGAGAAGAAGGGCUACUUCGAGGACCGCCGGCCCUCCGCCAACUGUGAUCCUUAUGCUGUGACAGAGGCCCUCGUCCGCACGUGUCUCCUCAACGAAACCGGAGACGAGCCCUUUGAGUACAAGAACUAAGCAGACUGCGCCCACAAACAUCGCCUUCCCCCCACACUUCCCGCACCCCUAAACUUCCCUUCUAGAUGUAAUCCCAAGAGUGCAGGAUAACACACUUUGUGUCUCAGUAA